AUGGACCUGCACAAUUUGCCUGCGUACUUUUGUGCACUGGAGCAUUGGUUCGCCGCGACCGGAAUCACCGCCAAAAUGGACCAUAAGCGCUACCACGUAUUGAUGGCCCAAAUUCCUCUUCGAGUGUAUAAUGAGAUCCAGCCGAUAAUCGAGAAUGUACCUGCGACGGAACGGUACAAUUACAUCAAGCGGAACAUCCUCCAGCAUUUCGGGGAAUCCCAGCGUAGCCGCCUCCAUCGUCUUCUAUACGGCAUGGACUUAGGGGACCGCAAGCCAUCCCAGCUGCUAGCUGAAAUGCACCGAGCCUCCAGCGACACGUUGGCCAGUACGCUCCUCACCGACCUUUGGAUCAACAAGCUUCCGCCACAUGUGCAAUCGGCCGUCGUUGCUGCACCCGGAAGUGUAACUGAGAAAGCUGCCGUCGCCGAUACUAUGGUGGAGUGCCUGUCCGCAUCCAACAACGCCAGUGUGCACCAUGCCGUAGCCGGGGUGCGCACCACACCCAACGAUUUCGAGCAACGCAUUUCGCGCCAGGUGGACGAACUCACACAGCAACUUAACGACUUCAUCACAGAGUGUCGUAACCGUGAACAACGCCAAAGUCGACCGCGCCCACGUCCACCAGUGUCAUCUCGUGUCGGUACAGAACCAUCUGAAGGAGAUCGGUUGAUGGUGAUCGACCGACGAACCAACCAGCGUUACCUGAUCGAUACUGGUGCCGAUGUCUCCGUGUUACCGAAGCCAGCCAACUACACCCCCCCGACGCCGUCCACCAUGCGACUGUUUGCAGCCAACGGUACUCCGAUCAUGGUAUUUGUAGACCUUCGACAGCGCUGUUUGGUGGAUGCCCAAACCAACCUACGUGUGCCAGGACUUCCGGAUACCACUCGACAAACCGCCGUCAAGGUAUGCGACGCAAAUUCACCGAUGGCCGACCUGCUCAACGAGUUUCCUACACUCAUCACAAACUCACCGGGUGUGAGGAUGCAAUCCGAGGUGGUACAUCGUAUCGAAACAACGGGUCCUCCAACUUUCGCCCGUUCGCGUCGUCUUCCACCCGACAAGUACCAAGCAGCCAAAGCAGAAUUCGACUCCCUCGUGCAGCUAGGAAUUUGCAGACCGUCCAGUAGCAGUUGGGCCAGCCCGCUGCAUAUGGUUAAAAAGGCUGAUGGUUCCUGGCGUCCGUGCGGUGAUUAUCGGUCCCUCAACGCGCGUACCACCCCUGACCGGUAUCCAUUGCCUUAUCUACAAGACUUCACGAUGCAACUGGGAGGAAAAACCGUUUUCUCAAAGGUGGAUCUACAGAAAGCCUACCACCAGAUCUCCAUCCAUCCAGAGGACAUUCCGAAAACAGCGAUCAUCACUCCUUUCGGCCUAUUCGAGUACGUGACGAUGCCCUUCGGAUUACGCAAUGCGGCGCAGACGUUCCAACGGCUAAUCCACGAUGUGCUACGCGGCUUGAACUUUGUGUUUCCCUAUAUCGACGACAUUAUAGUGGCCUCGAAGACACCAGAAGAACAUCGCGAACACCUGCGACUGCUAUUUGCUCGCCUCACGCAGCACGGUUUGACCAUCAACCUUGCGAAGUGCGAGUUUGCCCAGCCUGAGAUCUCCUUCCUGGGACACCGUGUUACGUCUGAAGGCAUCCUACCACUGGAAGAGAAAGUCGACACCAUACGUCAGUUCCCGAAGCCAAACACUGUCAUGGAGCUUAAGCGAUUUUUGGCGAUGAUCAACUUCUACAGGCGCUUCAUCCCCCACGCGCUGCAAGCACAAGGACCGCUCCUGGAGAUGAUUCCCGGCAACAAACGGCGAGAUAAGUCAUCGCUGACGUGGACCCCAGCUACCGACACGGCCUUUGAGGACUGCAAACGGCAACUUGCACAGGCUACCAUGCUGGUACACCCUGUACCAUCCGCCGAACUAUCACUGUGGUGUGAUGCUUCCGAUUUCGCUGCCGGCGCCGCCUUACAUCAGGUCAUCGACGGGCAGAUGCAGCCGCUCGGUUUCUUCUCCCGAAAGUUCGACAACGCACAGCGCCGUUAUUCCACGUACGAUCGCGAACUAGCAGCUGUUUACUUGGCCGUCCGGUAUUUUCGUCAUCAGUUGGAAGGACGUUCUUUCCAUAUUUACACGGAUCAUAAACCUCUGGUUUAUGCUUUCCGCCAGUCGCUGGAUAAGGCCUCUCCUAGACAAGCACGGCACCUUGACUUUAUUGGCCAGUUCACCACCGACAUCCGACAUGUUGAAGGCCAGGAAAACGUCACUGCCGACUUGCUGUCCCGAAUCGAACCCAUCCAGUCAUCAACAUCCAUCGACUACGAGAAAUUGGCCGAAGACCAGACCCGAGAUCCCGAGCUCGCCGACAUCCUCAGCGGGAAGACAAGGACGGACCUGGUCCUUCAACGAGUUCCAAUACCUGGCAGCAGCAUGGCUUUGUACUGCGAUUGCCCCACCGGCAUCAUUCGUCCGUAUGUCACGAAACCGUUUCGUCAACAACUACUACGCGCGGUUCAUCAGAUGAGUCAUCCCGGAGCGAAAACUACCACAAAGCUGAUGACGGAGAGAUUCGUCUGGCUGAACAUCCGCCGAGAUACGCGAGAUUUCGUCCGCCACUGCUUAGCGUGUCAGGCUACGAAGGUGCAACGCCAUACCCGCAGCCCUCUAGGACGCUACCCGGUACCGGAUGCUAGGUUCACACACAUCAACCUGGACCUGGUUGGACCGUUCCCGAUCAGCAAUGGACAUCGUUACUGCCUCACAAUCAUCGAUCGCUUCACACGCUGGCCAGAAGCUAUUCCCAUCCCUGACAUAACAUCAACGACUGUAGCCGCAGCCCUACUCAGUGGAUGGAUAGCUCGCUUUGGCGUUCCAUCGUUCAUCACCACGGAUCAAGGCAGGCAGUUCGAGUCGACGCUUUUCGCGGAGCUGAACCAGUUACUGGGCAUCAAACAUCUACGCACAACGGCUUAUCAUCCGCAGGCCAACGGCUUGAUAGAACGAUGGCACCGUACGCUGAAGGCAGCUAUUUGUACCAAAAACACCGCUCAUUGGGCCGACCACCUUCCCAUCAUACUCCUUGGAUUGCGCACAGCGUACAAAGACGACAUCAAAGCUUCGCCAGCAGAGCUGGUUUAUGGAAGCACGCUAAAGAUCCCAGCGGAGUUUUUCAAUAGCAGCCCGAUGACCAGCCUGCCAGACACCACCGAGUUCACCAAGUCGCUUAAGUAUGCCAUGAAUACCAUUCGCCCAACACAAACGGCCUGGCAUGACAAAGCAACACCCUUCGUCCAUUCGGAUCUUCGGACAUGCAGCCACGUCUUCGUACGGAAUGACACCGUCCGCCCAGCCCUUACCCCGCCGUACCAAGGGCCUUACAAGGUGCUUAGGCGUAGUGACAAGUCAUUCGAAGUCCUGAUCAACGAGAGGGCAACUAACAUCUCUAUUGACCGCCUGAAACCGUGCUACUCACUCCAGCAACCCGAGCCAGUGACACAGCUUACGCCACCAUCUGCAGCAGACAACGCUUGGAUUAUCGACAACGGUGCCAGUGCUCAUAUGUGCAACGACAAAGCCAUUAUCACCGAAUUGAACGAAUUUGCUGGAGGUUUUAUAACGCUCGCAAAUGGUGAAAAGACAAGGGUUCUCGGAGAAGGAAAAGCGAUUAUUUCUGUGAUUGAUGGUAAUCAGGAGAAGCGCCACAUUACCUUCAGUGACUUGAAAUAUGUGCCCGGAUUAGAAGCAAAUCUAAUCUCAGUAGAUCGCCUGGCGAAGAAAAAUAUGAGUGCGAUAUUCGACUGCGAAGGGUGCAAAAUUAUGGACAUGCAUGGAACCAUCGUGGCAACUGGCGUACGGUACAAUGGUCAGUACUAUCUACAAUUGGCGGAGUCGUCCAUGAGAUCAGCCAGCGAACAACAUCAGAAUUGUCAGCAUCAGUGGCACCGGCGUCUGGGACACCGCGAUUGGGCAGCCAUCGAGAGAAUCAACAAGGAGCAGCUAGGCACCGGGAUGAAGAUCAUCGAUUGCGGAGUAAAACUGGUGUGCGAGUGCUGCCUUCAGGGGAAAUCUACCCGAGCCCCCUUCCCAGCUGUGACCGACCGGAAGUCGACGAAGGUAUUGGACAUCGUGCACACAGACGGCUAUUUGAAACAACAGUGUGAUGAAUCGGAACUGCUUGAAAAUGUAACAGUAUACCGCAGUCUGGUAGGAGGUUUAUUGUAUCUUGCUGUGACAGCUAGACCAGACAUCGCAGCCGCUACAGCCAUCCUCGGGAGAAAGUUUGCCGCACCUACCCAAACUGAUUGGAAUGCAGCUAAACGAGUACUGCGUUUCUUGAAAGGAACUAAAGAGAAUUAUCUGCGACUUGGUGGUGCUGAAAAUGAAGGGCUGUGUGGAUACUCUGACUCUGAUUGGGCUGGAGACACCGAGAGCCGGCGCUCAACGUCGGGAUUCGUGUUCAUGUACUGCGGAGGAGCUAUAUCUUGGGCCAGCCGUAGACAAACGUGUGUCACCCUAUCAUCUAUGGAGGCCGAGUACGUGGCAUUGUCACAAGCAUGCCAGGAGACGAUUUGGUUGCGAAAGCUGCUUCGAGAUUUUGGAGAAAGCACAUCAAAUCCUACAGUCAUCAAAGAAGACAACCAAGGGUGUUUGGCAUUCGUGAAGACAGAAAGAACUCAUCGCAGAUCCAAACACAUCGACACGAAAGAACGUUUCGUGCAGGAGUUGUGCGAAAGGAACGAGAUCACCCUGGAAUAUUGUCCAACCGAGGUAAUGAUAGCCGACAUCAUGACCAAACCGUUAGGACCGCAAAAGCACGAGUUCUUUUGUAAACUGCUCAAUAUCGAGUAG